CCAGAAUGCCCUUGACUCAGUGUUGAGAGCCAGAAGAGACGGAAAGGAAGGAGAGUGAAGCCAGAGCAAAGACACCAGCAGAUAGACAGGACCACCAUGGAAACCGGGAGCCCCAGGAAGAUACAGUUCACCGUCCCCCUACUGGACACCCACCUGGACCCAGAGGCAGCUGAACAGAUCAGAAGACGGAGACCCACACCUGCCAAUUUAGUAGCAUCCAGUGAUCAAUCAUCACCCGAAAUAGAUGAAGAUCGUCUCCCAAACCAGUUGUAUAAGGCAGCCUUGUUGAACUCCCCUAGACAACGGCGAAAAGGACAAAAGGGAACACCUACAAUGAAAGAACUGCAGUUCCUGGUAGAGCACCACCUGUACAGGCAGCAGCAGGGAGCUGGAGACGAGUGCUCCUCUGAGAGCUGCUUGUCAGACAGGCCCAGCCCCGACUCUGUUCCCAUGGGGGAGGAGCUCCCACACGAUGAUGGGGCCACUGCAGAGGCCUUUGAGAAACUGCGCUGCCAAAUGGAGGAGUUCUCAAGGGAGAGUCUAUUAGAGGCUGCAGGUGGACUCGAAUGCUCCCUCUCCAAGGAGACAGAGGAGUGUUCCAGCAUUGCCAAUCUAGAUUCCUCAUCACAGCAAGACAAUGCACAACCAGCAUCCAGUGCAACUCAGCCAGCAGAGGAGAAGUCAAAGAAAUGCAUCCAGCAGAAAGAGAAAUAGAGUAGUCCUCUGUAUAACAUAAUACUGGUCAGUCUGUUCAGUCAGUCCAACACAAAGAUGGAAGAUUGUCUGCAGAUCCACUUUUUAUAAACUUCAGGGCAUCUAUAUAUUACAGUCAGGCCUUAGUUACCACCUCGAACAAAAACAAAGGUUUCUACACUUAAUGUUAAAAAUCCUGUGAAAAGAGAAUUUCAUUAUAUUUGUUUUUUAUUGUUUCCCCUGCACUCAACUAAAACUAGCCUACUGUAUAAACUGGAACGGGAGUUACUAUCUAGUGAUUGGUAAUCUUUUCUUGUCUCAGACACACAAUCAUUAUAAACUACCGCAACUCCCAUUCUUAAUAUCUCCUUUAACGUUCAAAGACAGUUAUUUUCAUUUGAAAUCCUUCCAGGCAGUUUUUAAUUAUUAAAUGUGCCAUGACUUCUGCAAUUGUUCCAUUUAAAAGCAAUAAAAAUUAAUUUGUACCUCAUAAAUAACUGCUACUGAAACCAUCAAUUUAUAUUCAUGUCAUCAGUCCCAGUGAAUUAGAUGCUCAGUUGUAAACUAGUGGAUAGCAUGUGGGUUAAGUGCAUAAUGCAGUAUAUAUUUACAUUAGAUUGGACAUCUACAAAUGUUUUUGAACACAUUUUUUUCUGUGACAGCAUAUAGAGCUACAGUGAUUAAUGAAGAUGCAGAUCAGAGAUUCGGGAGCAGGACCAUGCCUCUAACCACAUCCUUUUCAUGUGAAGAAUUCCACAAUCUUGGCAUCAGUCAGUUUCAUUUUUCAUAAUGAUGGCUCACUUCUCAAUGAAAACUAUAUUCCUAAAACCUAAGAUUCUACUUGUUUGGACAAAUUUUCCAUGGAUGCUUUGUUGCUCUCUCUCUCCAAGGGUAAGCUGCUGUCCUUGGCCUAAGGCUUGGGCAUAUCACCCCCGGUUUCCCCACAGCUGGAUGCCCAAAUCACUGGUUAGCUGAUGGCUAACCUGCCUUCUCCUGCUUAGCCUGGUCAUUCAUUGACCAGCAUAUCCAGCUCUCAGGUGUGGUCUGCCGGCUCCAUCCAGCAAAACGUCCUCUCUUUGCUCUCUGCGACUGUAUAAUGAUUCUUCUGAUCUGUCCUCUCCCUCCUUCCAAAAAGGUGUUCUUGGCCUUUCCAGUUGGCUAAACCAUGCUAUCUUCCCCCUUUCCCACAGCUCCAGCUCAGUCUCUUGUGCUCAAUGCUCCCACAGAGAAUCCUCCAGAUCCUCCUGUUUAUGCCUCCACUGUCAUAACAAGGCUUCUGUUAUUUUCCGCUGUUCUCCACUUUGUUCCGCAGUAGUGACCAAACGGUAGUUGGCCUCCAAAGAACCCUUUGAGAAAAGAACACUCUCUCUUCAAAAGAUAGGAUAACAAGCCACUUUUUUGGCAUUCCAGCGAGCCCAGCAUGUCAAUUUUACCACUUCCACUCAUAAUUCUCCUCUUCUGAGCAGCCAUCUACUACCAGAUCUGCACCAGUUUCUGCAACCUCUAAUCCGGCUGUCAGAAAAUUUGUAGUCUACCACCACUGAAACACGGGGGUCUUCCAACUAACCGGCUCCACAGCAUCCUGCAAGCAGACAAAUAGUAGCCACACUUGCAUCAGCCUCUUUGGCCUCCUAUCAGGUCAAAAGAAGAGCUUUACAGCCUGCCACCUCUAAAACUCGGGGCUUUCCCAAAUCACUGGCCUGAUCAUGUUCACUUAAUAUGUGGCUGCUGACACACUGCAGCACCGGCAACAAGUCACUGGCCAUGGCCACUCUGCCACCCCUCCUUUUCUCCUCUUCUAGUCUUACCACCUGCAGCUCCUCUUCUUUCUGAUACAGGAGCUCCAGCUCUCCCAGUCACAGCACAUAGUAGUGGGACUAUCAUCCUUCCUGCGACUGCCCCUGUCUCGCUCACCUCUCUUCCCCUACCAAACCUGCUCUAAUUCCCAACACUUCCUGGUCCUGCCUCCUUUCUCCUCCCUUUAUUGUCAAUUCAUAAUCCAUCCACAGAGUGGAGGCUUA